AUGUCUGAAGCCUACAAGAACAAAGAUUUGAACGACCUCGCCCACAAAGCCGAAGCGGACGCAAACAGCCACGCUGCCAAGCAAGGCCACGCACACGGCGAUUCCACCAUCGACUCAGGCAUCGACUCUGCGGCGGCGGAGAAAAACUUUGCAGGCGCAAACGUAACAUACGGGUCUGCAGCCAGCGGGGCGGGAAACAACCGCGAUAUCCCGCCUGAAGAAGGCGGCAAUGUGGGGAGCAACGGCGAGGUGAGCAAGGCGGGGGAUUUUGCGCGCGGAGGCGUGGGCGCGCCCGAGAAGAGGGAGGAGACGUUUGCGAGGACGCAUGGAGGCGAGGAUGAGGUUAGGGGGAAUGUUAGGAAGUGA